CAAUGACAGCGUUUACAAUAGCAAUAAUAGCAGCAACAAUGUCAGCAACACAAGUACGCAGCCGAACAGCGGUUUUCGAACGCAAAAUUGCAAUAAAUUAAAUGAAAAUCCCAACAGUCAGCAGGAAGCGCCUCAGCCACCGUCGCCCUACCACAAGCGAGCAAGUGUUGAUGACAUCGUUGGCGGCGCAGUCGGUGGUGGUGGUGGUUCACUCGGCGACCACAACAAUUUGCCCAAGUCACGCAUCGCUGCCGGACGCGAUGGUGGAACAACAAAUUGCGCGCCAACAAAUGCUAGUCAACACGCAGACCACAAGUCAAUUGGCAGCUGCAAAGGAAUGAAAGAUAAUAGGAGUAAAAAAGGGUGGCGCGUUAACAGUGAAGCAUGUAACAGCGUGCUUAUUAACAGCUAUAAUGGACGUGUUAAACGUAUAAACCAAAUCAAUACAAACUUACUGCCGCAGAGGAGGAAUAAAAGAGUGAUCAUUUUUAGUGGGGGAGGUAUUGUAAAGCUCGUCAUGGGUGUGUCCUUCCCAAUUAUUCUUGCCGACAAGCAGCGCUCUUUUUCGCACUUCUACAAUCUGCAAUGUCAAUAUCCACCGCCUAUGCGACCAAUUUAUUGGUGGAAUUAUUUUGACUCCAACACUUUUGCAGCGCGUCGUCAGCAGCGAUACAUAGACGGAGAUCUCAAAGAAAAAUUACAUCAACGUUUAAAGCACGAUGCGAGUCGCGAGUUCAUUUACACAGCGAUCGAGCAGAUCUAUGAGCAGCACGGCUUACCAGGAGAUUCGUGUCUAAUGCAAGCGAUUUGUGAGGUUUCACAGCUGCCAUUUCAUGUACCACGAAUUUGGCAAAAUCAUUUGGUUCACCUGUGGCAAGCGCUCAUUAAUGCGAUAUUGAUUCCGACUGUACCCAAUGUGGCUAUGCGUUAUUUGCAUGCCAGCCAAGCGGGGCGGUUUGGCGUUGAUUGCCAGCAAACAUUUAGUGAAUGCCCACAAAGAGUAAAUGGAUGGCUUAGAAAUGUGGCGCACAUGGAGUGA